AUGGUCGAUAUCGAAGAUCGACUCUAUCCUGUCACGGCCGAAGACCUCAACAUGCAGCUCCAGGCCCUCAAGACCAGACACCGGGACGUCUCCCAUGAAGAAAUCGCUCAAGUCGUCAUGAAGGCCCUGAACAGGCCACUGACUGCAGACGACAAGAUGCUCCUGGAAGCCCCUGCUAACAUUGACGACCCGGAACGGUGGCUGGCAUGGUUCACCCGGGCCCUGAAGACUUGUGAAGAAGCCAGGACUGCCAACAGGAACUUUGAAAGCAUCCGGGGAGGAAUCGUGGCAACUACACGAUGGGCAAGGAUGGAGCGCAAGGGCCUUGGCAGUACGAACCUGCCCCGCUUUGGCCCUGUGCCGGAAAGCGUUUGCGCCGUCCUGGUUGGUCCUGAGAUGACACCGAGCUGUCCUGCCGACAAGUUGACCCAGCACCACCACCGGGUUACGUUCUCUGGAAUGGCUGCUUUCACCUUCCUCGACCUGGACACUACGGCAAGGAUCCCAAUCGUCGACCUGGAAGCGACGCGACUGCCGGCAAGUAUCUGGAGGGCGCGACGUCGGACACUCCAAGUGAGACACAACUACCUCAGCCUGGACCUGGACCCAUAUCAGCAGGCAUCGGCGGCACGUAUCCGGCGUCAACGACUCCGACGAGCCGAGCUGAAGCGCACCUCUAUGAGCGAACAGGCCAUGGAACCGGGCCUGGCGGCUCAGGAAAAUAACAAACCUGUUGGCUGGGCACAUUACGCCUGGCCAUUUGCGUCUGAGGGCCUGGACGUGCUUCUGGACGCCGCCCCUGGAAGUCAGGAGGCCGUCCCGCCCAAGCCGAACGCCACCUUGGCCGGAGUCUUGUCUCCCUUGGAAGCUCCUAUCAUCCAAGUGUAUGUGGACGGACGCUCGACCACUGCCCUGCCAAGACCUUUGGACGCACCUGGGGUCGCCUGA